GAGAGAGAGUGACAAAGAUAUCACGAGCAACGAAGAGAACCGAAGGUGGUGAACGGUGGCGGUUAGCUACUACAGAGCUAGCGCCAAAGCGGGUUGAAGCGGCGGUACUGCGCGGCGUUGCAGCCAAAUGAAUCUUAGUCCAGCGUUGGUCGCCGGCGAGGGCGCAUCUGGCAAAGCACCCCUGCCGGGAGAGAGUGAUAGAGUAGCCCCACGAUUGAGAUUUAAAAGGGCAGCUCGCGUUACACGCGCCUCUCCGUAACGGACGAGAAAGCUCGAAGGGAUGUUCUCGCAAUUUUGGCGAUCGCACGCGUUCCGGGAACCACAUUAUCAAAGGUGAACCCCCGUCGUUCACCCUGACCCGAUGCUGCGCCAGUUGUUAUACCGAAUGAACGCGGGAAGCUCGACGAGCGGAACGAAUCCAUGAUCGGACUGCGGAUGCGUCCCUGAGCCUGUUUUGUACGUACACGCAUACAUACGCAUACGCACCCAUACACAUAGUAAUCAUAUAUGCGAGAUCCGCGAGAUCAGCCUCCCCCGUAAUACCAGUUGCGAUCGCGACGACCAGCUGGUGCCGUUGACGUGACUGAAACUCAACCGAGUCGCUCGUGUGACCGAUAUCGUAUGUUGUCGGGAGACUAAAGGAAAACUCGGCAAUAUAAACGGGAUCCGCGCGGACGAAGCCAAGAGAUGUCCGCGCUGCCCGACGAUGCCGCGUUGUGGUGCGGAUUGUCUGAACCAUAGUGCGCACGGAUUUUAUCCUCCGGUACGGGAUAGCAGCGGACUACUACCGCACCGGGACAUCUCUGCGUGGAGGCGAUCACGUGCCCUCGACGGAGCAUCUAGGAUAAUGCACCUGGCGAGCCCGGUGCAGAUGCAACCGGGCGAGCCUUGAGGAUUCAGAACGAUCGCUCGGUUUUUAUCGUGCCGAGCGAACCGCCGGUGACAGCUGAUCAUCCAAGGGAUUCAGAUUGAGGUUCGUUCUCGCUCGACGCAAUUCGGCAGCCACGUGCGAGGGCGAACGACGGUGGCGGAAAAGAAGGUGGAGAAAAUCGUCAACGUGGAGGUGGUGUUCCAAGUGAUCCUCGAGAAAGGUGCAGCCUCGCUCCGGAUACUCCGCGAGUAAACAUGAGACGCUCGUGGACGCUCGUCGCGGCGAUAGCCCUGGCAGCAUCCGGGCUGGUAAGUGGCGGUUUACACGAGAAGCGGCUGCUGAACGAUCUGCUGGACUCGUACAACGUGCUGGAGCGGCCGGUGGGCAACGAGUCCGAACCCCUAGUGCUGAGCUUUGGCCUCACGCUCAUGCAAAUAAUCGACGUCGACGAGAAGAAUCAGUUGCUCAUCACGAAUCUUUGGCUUAAACUGGAAUGGAAUGACGUGAAUAUGAGAUGGAAUGUCUCGGAUUACGGAGGCGUGCGAGAUCUUAGAAUCCCGCCGCAUCGGCUAUGGAAACCCGAUGUCCUUAUGUAUAACAGCGCCGACGAGGGCUUCGACGGCACUUAUCCCACGAACGUCGUCGUAAAGAACAAUGGAACCUGCUCAUACAUACCGCCCGGUAUAUUCAAGAGCACUUGCAAGAUAGACAUUACCUGGUUUCCUUUUGAUGAUCAGCGCUGCGAGAUGAAAUUCGGCUCCUGGACGUACGACGGCUUUCAGUUGGAUCUGCAGCUGCAGGACGAGACCGGGGGUGACAUCAGCAGUUUCAUCACUAACGGCGAGUGGGAUUUGUUAGGGGUACCUGGUAAGAGAAAUGAAAUCUAUUACAAUUGCUGCCCGGAACCGUACAUAGACAUCACUUUCGUCGUCAUCAUCAGAAGACGCACACUAUACUACUUUUUCAACCUGAUCGUGCCGUGCGUUCUAAUUGCCAGCAUGGCCGUCCUCGGGUUCACCCUGCCGCCCGAUUCCGGCGAGAAACUCUCCCUCGGAGUAACCAUCCUCUUGUCCCUCACUGUGUUCCUGAAUAUGGUUGCCGAGACAAUGCCGGCGACGUCUGACGCUGUGCCACUUUUAGGAACGUACUUCAAUUGCAUCAUGUUUAUGGUAGCCAGCAGCGUGGUCAGCACGAUUCUCAUCUUAAACUAUCAUCAUCGGAAUGCUGACUCUCAUGAAAUGUCUGAAUGGAUUAGAGUAGUCUUCUUAUACUGGCUGCCUUGUAUACUCCGUAUGUCGAGGCCAGGGCAAGACGAAGAGAAGGAAAUACAAAAAUCUCAGAAGCCAUCUCCGGUUACGGGUGCGAGCAAGUCAUAUGGCGAUCUGGAGCUCCACCAGAGGAGUAGUAAGUCUCUGUUAGCGAACGUCCUGGACCUGGACGACAAUGCGUUGGCGUCUCACAAUAAUCUGCUGAACAACGUGUAUAGCACGCCCGGGCCGCACCACGCGCACGCGAUGGGCCACGGUCACAGUCACAUACACACGACGCCCCAUCAUCAUCACAGCCACGCACCCACGACACCGCACCAUCAGCACGCGGCGCCGCUGCCGCACUCAUCGUAUCCCAUGACACCAGGUCACCAGAUCUCGCAUACACCGCACCAUCACCCACAUCCGCAAGACGCGUCAGGGCCGCAGGUCGAAACGAUCCUUCAGAAUGCGUGCUUUUGCGCUCGUUACGAGCUUGUGUUAAUCCUGAAGGAGAUUAAGAUAAUAACGAAUCAGCUAAAGACCGAGGAUGAGAACACGAAGAUCACGAACGAUUGGAAGUUUGCGGCGAUGGUGAUCGAUAGGAUGUGCCUAAUCAUUUUUACUCUGUUCACCAUCAUCGCUACCAUCACCGUCCUACUAUCGGCGCCGCACAUUAUCGUCACGUGAUUCAGAUGUGUCAGUCUGCCGCCGGUGGUUCCGGGGCUGACGAGGAUCUCGCCGACGGACAUCUUCGCGCCAGCGAAGCACCCGCCCUUCCCGUUAACCGGGUUCUGCCGGAUCGGCCACGAGGGUGCUCGCCUCCGGGUUCGCAUGCCGCUUCGUUUCGGAGACCUGCGCGUUAGGAAGAAAGCAAUACGGGGAGUAACUUCGUUUCUUUAUGAUAUAUAUACUAAUACCAGUAAAAAUGAAAAUAAUAACGCUAUCGAUAAUGAGAAUAACGAUAAUAGUAUUAAUAAUAAUUACGUAAUAGUAACGGUAAAAAACUUUAUCGUAUAUAAUUAUCCCACGAGGACGCCUUAGCGAAACACGUUGACACACCGUUUUCAAGACAGCGCGAGCUCGCGCGCGCGCAAGAGCAAAGGGACAUGUACACGGGGACACGCGGAGAGUACGAGACACACGUACGCGAAGACAUGUACAUUGGUUUGUUACACGCAUCCCUGAGAGCAGUCGAACAAAGUAGCCGAGAAUACGCCUUGAAUAGCUGAAAUGGUACAUUUUUUUCUCGAACGAGAAAUUAAAACGAUUAGUUCUAUACGGAAUUAAUAAACUACGUUUUCACCGGGAUAAAAACGUAAUCGGUUGAAUCGAGACGAGUCUGUCCUCCGCGACUACUACUUAGGGAUGUACCACACAUACACAUACAUAAAUAUGUACGUAACAUCAUACGAGCGACGAUACGCACGGAAGCGUGAUUUGCCAAUGAGUUAAAAAUACUUUGACGCGGCCCAAGGUUAAUACGAUGUAGAAAUCUCCGAAUGUAUACAAACAUCAGUAUUGUUAGCAUUAGGAGGCUCUUGUAGCGGAGAUGACAAUUGAAAUGAAUUUGUGAAGACUUAAAUUUGAGUUUCUCGAAAAACUUUGGAUAAAGUAAUAAAUCCUGAAUAAUAUAUACAAUUAUUUAAAAUAAAUAAGAAGUAUAUAUAAAUUGGUGUAUGUUCGAAAAUGGUAAUAUGCUAAAAGAAAGAUUUGAUAUAAAAUCAAAGUUUUAAAAUAUUUAAUUUUGAAAUUCUUGAAAAUAUGUAAGCAACAGAAAAUUGAUUCGGAUAUUACUAUAUGCAAAUUGACAUUGGUUCUCGUUUAGGAUGAGAUGCGAAGAGAGGCGCUUGAAAAUACAGGUGACGAUCACCAAUUCUUUUGAGCUGUAUAAAACUAAAUGAAACAAAAAAGAAAACAAUAAUAAAAAAAAAAGGGAAACGGAACGAAGGAGAAAAAGGGAUGGGCUUUAGAGAUAAAACGCACACGCAUACACUCUCAGAAUACACAUGAUGAACUGCCAAGGUGAUUCAAAUAAUGCCAGUGAAUUUUCUUAUCCGUAUCAUUAGUAUGUAAAAAUCGACGACGACUUAAUAAACGGGGGAUUUGUACUACGAUUUAAAAGCGGCGGUCAUAUAACAUAAAUACUCUCUCAGGGAGGAAGGAGAGAGAAGAGAGAAAAAAAAUUCGAAGGACACUGUGGAAGGAUGUAGAAAGCGGGCGCGGGAGAAAAAAAGCGAAGGACGAUUGUGUGGUUGUUCGAUAAUUUUUGCUUGAAUUGAUUCAGUGUUUCGAGCGCAACGCACUUUCUUUCCCUAGUGUCCGCAAAACGCGUGCGAAUUGUUUGUAUCAUCGAUCUGCAUUCUCGUCGCACAUUUAAUGCUGAUAUCUUGGAUCAAGAAUUUCAUGUGCACCUAAAUGUUAAAUAGCCGUAUUUAAUGUUUAACAUGCUUUUAUAUCUAGUCCUACGUUUCGAGAAUUAAACAACCGUCGAGUUGUUUGACAAAAUAUUCUCGAGUUUUAAAUUUGAAAAAACAAGACGAGUACAUUUACCGUUGAAUGUGCAUUGAGAAAGUGGAUCAUUAUCUCUCGCAUUAUACGUAGAUAAAACGCAGACUUAACGCGGACACGCUUACACUUUCUGAUAUACAGUAAAUAGAAACAGUAAUGUAUCUUUUUGUCUGACGUGCAUCAAUCUUUCUCUUCCCUAUAAGAAUUCCAUUACAAGGAUCAUUAUCGUGGAAGUAAUGUACCUUCUUUCUGACAUCGAAAAACCGUUUAAGAACGCAAAAGUUAAAAAUAGAAAUUUUAUUUCUCUUAUGUUAGAGAAGAAAUGUGAUUUCAACGUCCCUCAUUUUGUCACCGCAUCUUUAAAAAGAUUGCAGCGCAUUUUCGCUGAUAAACAUUAAGUAUCGCGCGAAUGCAAAAAUUGAAAAACUAUUCUCAUAAAACAUAUAUCAAUAUCGCAAUGUUAAAUAUUACGAUGGAGGUGUUGGUUUGCGACAAAUAUUUCUUUCAUCCGCAAGAAACAAUAGAGAAGCAUGACUUUACUUUCAAGUGCAUUUAAAAAGUUAACACGCGUCGCGUUCUCUAUUAAUUUACAAGCCGCUCGAGAGUUGUGGUAGAAAAUCGCGGAAGUGACGAAGUCGAUUAGUCACGAUAGGAAAAGGAAAAAGCAACGUGAGAUGGCGACCGAUAAAGAAAGGAAGUUGCUCUUGCUCACGGACAGACACGUAGGCGGACGCCGUCUCGACGAGACAUCGGGGAGACGAACUCAAGUCGUAUUGUACAUUUUUCAGCUAUCGGCACUGGAUACGCGACAACCAAUCACGUUAUCUUUUAAAUAUGUACUAUUAAAGGUUAUUAAAAUAACGAACUGUUGUUGAUCAUGUUGCGUUGCGGGCAGGAUUACGCGUAGAAGUACGAUAAAAAUUAUAAAACGGUGUGUUUUGAUCUUUAGCGCGCGAACGAUUAAAAAAUAAAAAAAUAUAAACAGAAUAACGUCGAAUUGUAUUGUAUUAAACUCAUAAAAGAGGUAGAGAGUACAUUACAUUACAUAGACAAGAGAAACGCGGUUAAUCACUAUAAGUUUAUCACUGUAAUCACUAAGUUUAUCACUAUAAUCACUAACAAGAAAUCAAAGAAAUAAUUCGCCAAAAAAAGAUGCAUAAUUCGAGACAUCGACAUUUUAAUGCCGGAAGAGUCAUCCUAUAUGCGAUGAAAAUUAACAUGCGGUUUAAUAUCAGCCUUUCAUUAAUUUGACAACAUAACAAAAAUUAAAAUAAUCUAAUCAAAUAUUACAAUUUAAAUAAAAAACAUUUAUUUUUAAUCUACGGAAUGUCUUUGUGUGUUCUUUUUAAAGAAGGAUGUAAAAUGGAGGA